UUCCAUGCAAUUGCAAUCAGCAACGCAAUAUUGAAUUAAUGAAAUUCGGUGUAAGGUACGUAACGAUACCAAUGUCCACAGAAACAGCAAUGAAGAGAAAGAAGCAUCACACUGAGAAAUCCAGAAUAAUAGGACUCCUUGUUGCGAGUUUCCUUCGAGGUCGGCUCCUCCACCGCACUCUCAUCAUCGCCAUCUCCGCUUGCCUUCUUCUGCUCUUCGCCCUAUUCUCUCUGUUCGCUCCGUCCACGCUAAAUAAAAUCAAUCUUCAGACUACUCAGAACAAUGACCAAGUCAGAUCACGAUUCCAUGAUUCGGUGUUUCAGGUUCCGGCGGGUGGAGGUAGUUUCAGGCGUGAUUUAUGGAGUUCAACUCACUCACGCCUCUUCUAUGGCUGCAGUAAUGCCGGUGUCAAUUUUGCAAAGGCAAAUGCCAAAACGAAUCCAGAUCGAUACUUGCUAAUUUCCACCAGUGGAGGUUUAAAUCAACAGAGAACAGGGAUAAUUGAUGCUGUGGUGGCUGCAUAUCUUUUGAAUGCUACUCUUGUUGUUCCAGAGUUGGAUCAUACAUCUUUCUGGAAGGACACAAGCAACUUUUCUGAACUAUUUGAUACAGAGUGGUUUAUAACAUUUCUCCGGAAUGACGUGAGAAUUGUAAAAGAGCUUCCGGAAAUGGGAGGGAACUUCGUGGCUCCAUAUACGGUGCGUGUUCCAAGAAAAUGCACCCCCAAGUGCUAUGAGGAUCGUGUUUUACCCGUGCUGGUCAGGAAGCGUGCUGUUCGGUUAACUAAGUUUGACUAUAGACUUGCUAAUAUGUUGGAUGAAGAUCUUCAAAGGCUGAGGUGCAGGGUUAAUUACCAUGCUCUCAAAUUUACGGAUUCCAUUCAGGGGAUGGGUAAAUUGUUGGUUGAGCGGAUGAAAAUAAAAAGCAAACAUUUCAUUGCUCUACAUUUGAGGUUUGAACCGGAUAUGCUUGCAUUCUCUGGUUGCUAUUACGGCGGUGGAGAAAAAGAGAAAAAGGAACUUGGCGAAAUUAGGAAACGGUGGAAAAAUUUACAUGCAAGUAAUCCUGAGAAAGUUCGAAGACAUGGAAGAUGCCCACUUACACCAGAGGAAGUGGGUCUUAUGCUAAGAGCACUAGAUUUUGGAAGUGAAGUUCUGUUGUACGUGGCAUCUGGCGAAAUAUAUGGAGGUGAGGAAACGAUAGCUCCCCUGAAGGCUCUUUUCCCAAACUUCCAUUCAAAGGAGACCAUAGCUACCAAGGAGGAGUUGGCGCCAUUUGUGUCAUUUUCUUCUCGCAUGGCUGCACUAGAUUUCAUAGUUUGUGCUGAGAGUGACGUAUUUGUUACAAACAACAACGGGAACAUGGCGAAAAUUUUAGCUGGAAGAAGGAGGUACUUGGGUCAUAAAGUCACCAUCCGGCCAAAUGCAAAGAAGUUGAACCUGUUAUUCAUGAACAGAAAUAAUAGGACGUGGGAGGAAUUUGCCUCUCGAGUUAGAACUUUCCAGGUAGGGUUUAUGGGAGAACCAAAUGAGUUGAGGCCCGGCAGUGGUGAGUUUACUGAGAACCCAUCAGCUUGCAUAUGUCAAAAAAACUCUGCUGGGGGAAUUUCCUACCCCCUAAAUCAUAGCAAUAUUACCGAGUUUCAAGAGCAGCAGGAGUGGUCGUCUGAGGUAGAUAAUAAUCUCAAUGGAACUAAAAUUGAUUCACUCCCUCUUAUAAUGACCACGGACCAAUUAGCUGAAGUGCAAGAAUUCUUCUCCGAUUAACUCUGUUAUCUCUCAAUGAUUUCAUGGACCGACGCUAUUGAAAAUUAAGCCUUAAUUUGUACAUAUAUAUUCAGCUUGUUAAAAAAUGUAGACUGUAAGUAGCAAUUGUUCUAGAGGAUAGCAUAAGCGUGCGUGAGUGUUUCAUAUAA